AUGUCCGUUUACAGAGUAGAAGCAAGCAGAAACGAGGCCGUCGGCGCCGCCACAGGUACGGUAAACGUGCUCCCGACAGCCGUCAACUUCACAGGCGUCGUCGCCAACGGGACGUCCAACUGGAAUAGCUACAGAGAGACGGACCAGGACGGCAACCCUGUGAACUACCUGCGUGGCCGCAAGCUCGUCGGAACACCGCACAGCGUCCCGGGCCACGCCGCCGUCGUGUUUGAGCGGUCCGAGGCCGGGGCGGCCGCCCACGCCGAGUACACCAGUGUCUGCCUCUGCGACAGCGUCGUGCUCUACGAGCACCAAGUGAAGCCCAGCCUGCAGAACGAUCAGGUGGAGCGGCUUGCUGAUUGGGUCGGGCUGACCUCAUACAUUAGCGACGUUUGA